CAUUGAUGUAACAGUGUAUAAAGACCUUUGGCUAACCCCAGGAUGAUCAGCAAUGUUGACAGUCACAUCUAGUCACUGACAACUGUCUGAACAUCCACAUCGAUCGGACGCAAUGGAAUCUGCCGACCUCAAGAAGACCAUCAGUCAUGCGGACGAGUGCGAAGUCUCAAAGAUCGACAGCAAUGGGAUGAUUCAAGGUGGUCUGCAAGGCUUGACUAUCGACAAUGUUCUGCCGAAGCAUGACAAGCCUUGGUAUCGCGUACCCCAUUUGCUUCAACUCAACAUUAUCAUCCUCGCCGUCUUGCUCACGCCUACGACCAAUGGGUUCGAUGGCAGUAUGAUGAAUGGUCUACAGACUCUUCCAGCCUGGCAAAGCGAUUUCGAUCACCCCAAAGGUGGUGUUCUUGGUCUGCUCAGCACCAUCAACACUAUCGGCUUCAUCACCGCAUUGCCCUUCACAGGCUGGAUCACCGACUAUCUGGGUCGCAAGCGUCCAGUUCAGAUUGGAAACAUUAUCAUGAUUGUGGGCGCUGUGCUGCAGACCAGUGCGAAAAACAUUGGCAUGUUCUUGACUGCUCGUUUCUUGCUCGGGUUUGGUCUAUCAAUUGCCUGUGUCGCAGCGCCAGCAAUGGUCGCAGAACUGACUUAUCCUACCCAUCGUGGCAAGAUGACAGCCAUCUACAACACCAAUUGGUUUGUUGGAGCAAUUAUUGCUGCAUGGAGCACCUUUGGCACCUUCCGUAUCAACAGCUCUUGGUCAUGGCGCAUUCCCUCGCUCUUGCAGUGUGCACCCUCGAUCAUCCAGCUAAUUCUCAGCAUAUGGUUACCCGAAUCCCCUCGCUGGCUUAUCUCCAAUGACCGCAGAGAAGAGGCCAUCCAAGUCCUCGCUAAGCACCACGCUGGUGGUGAUCUGAGCAGUCCGCUUGUUCUUUUCGAGAUAUCCGAGAUCUCCGCUGCCAUCAACGCAGAGAAGGCCCAGAGUCAGACCAAGUACUCGGCCUUCUUCAAAUCAGCCGGAAACCGCCACCGCCUUUUCGUCAUCAUCGUUCUCGGUAUCAUGCAGCAAGCUUCCGGCAACACACUCAUCUCCUAUUAUCUUGCUCUUAUCCUCAAACAGAUUGGUAUCACCAGUGGAACGGCUCAAAAUGGAAUCAACGGAGGUCUUCAGAUCUUCAACUACAUCGCUGCCUUGUCUUCUGCAACUCUGGUCGACAGACUCGGUCGUCGUACACUCAUACUGACUGGUCUCGGUGGCAUGUUCGUAUCCUACCUUUUGUGGACUGUACUCUCAGCCGUGAACGAGAACCAAGGAUACAAGCACCAAAGUAUCGGCGUCGGUGUUGUCGUUCUCAUCUUCUCCUUCAACUUCUUCUACGCCAUCAGUCUAACACCAAUUCCCUUCCUCUACCUCACCGAAGUCCUCCCCUACAGUUUGCGCGCCAAGGGUAUGAUGAUUUCAUCCUUCUCCGGCAUCGCUAUUGGAGUUAUGCUAGGAUUCGUCAACCCUGUUGCUCUGGAAAACAUUGGUUGGAAGUAUUACAUCGUCUCAGUCGUGCUUCUCAUUGUCUGGAUACUGUGCGCCUGGUUUUGGUUCCCUGAGACCAAGGGUCGCUCUUUGGAGAAGAUCGCCCAGGUGUUUGACGGAGAGGAUGCCUUGCUUGGUGAGAUUGACAAAGAAGCUGCCAACGUGCAGACUGAAGUCAUUAUGACCAAGCACUAAGUUGACCAUUCACAUCCAAGUGCUGAAUUAGAAAAUUUACCCUCAGAUCGAUUGCGGAUAUCACAGUGGCCAUGAUUGACGGCUUCACCAGGGUCCUCACCUUUCAAUUUCCGCUCCUCUCUUUAGUCUCGGUAGCUAUGUCAAUGCGAUCAACGUUCGUUCCCAG